GCGGCAGCACUAAUUCACUUUUGGCCCUGCUCGUAGUUCUAUUAUCUAUAUGACCUGCCCAUAACCUCGUCUGGGAAAUUGCCUGUUCCUCUGUUCGUCAACUGCUCCCGCGUGUGCAACAGUCGUCAACAAGCAGCAGUCCAUCCCCCUCCACCAACAUGGCCAUCUUCAAGAGCAAGAAGACUGGCACCCAAGACCAGGUCAACUCCGACCGCUCGUCCAACGAACACGAUGUCGAGAAGAAGGUCGUCCCUGGCUACGGCCACGAGCGCGGUGCCCAGGAGAUUGAGAACAUAGAGGCUGACAAUCCCAAUGUCCACCAACACUUCAACUUCAAGCUGUUCAUGGGACUUGUCUGCAUGUCCUUCCUAUGGUGUGGCUCGCAAAUUCCUCUCUACCUUUUCGGUGGUGUCCUGCCACUUCUCUACUCGGAUGUCGGUGGCUCCGAGCGAUUCACAUGGCUAGUUAUCGGAUACCUCAUUCCCAAUGCUGCUCUGUGUCCUUUCGUCGGUGCCCUGUCCGACAUGUUCGGUCGUCGCAUGGUCGCCAUCUUUGGGCAGGUCUGCUUGGUCGUCGGUGCUAUCGUCGUGUCCACUUCCCACACCAUGAACACUGCCAUUGGUGGCAUGGUCAUCUCUGGUCUGGGUGCUGGUCUCAACGAGCUCAUUGCUCUUGCUGGAACCGCCGAGAUGGUUCCCGUCCAGAAGCGUGGUGCUUACGUUGGUCUCGUCGUCUUCACCAUUCUCCCAUUCGCUCCAUCCGUUCUCUGGGCACAGCUCAUCGCCCAGGCGAGCUCGUGGAGGUACGUCGGUAUCCUCGUAGGAAGCUGGAAUUUCAUCGGUCUCCUCCUUCUCCUCACUUCCUACAGGGAUCCAGUCGUGGUCAAGCGCCCCGCAAAGGAGAUUCUUCGCGAAGUCGACUACGUUGGUGGUUUCCUCUCUACCGUCGGUGUUGUGCUCUUCAUGAUGGGUAUGCAGUUUGGCGCUUCACAAUACGAAUGGACCAGCGCUCAAGUCUUGGUCCCGUUCCUGCUCGGCGUUGUCUUCAUCAUCGCCUUUUUCGUGUGGGAAGUGACGUGUAAAUACCCAAUGGCUCCAAAACACAUGUUCAGCAAGGACAAGAGGACCAUGAUUGCCAUCUUGAUCGUCACUUUCUUCUCCGGUGGCAACUUCUUCGUUGUCCUGUUGUUCUGGCCUACUCAGAUUUACAACGUUUACGGUGAUGACCCACUCGGCGUCGGUAUUCGUUCCCUUCCAAUCGGUUUCGGUAUCAUCGGCGGUGCCGCCAUCGGUCUCGUUCUCCUAUCCGUCACCAAGGGCCGCAGCACCGUAACCAUGAUCAUCUCCUGUGCCAUCAUGACUGCCGGAACCGGUGCCGUCUCCAUCUCCCGCCCGGACAAUCUGAUGACCACCUACGGCGUAGUCACACUCGCCUCUCUCGGCGUCGGCGCCGUCAUUAUCCCCUGCUCCAUCAUCGCCCAAAUCGUCUGCCCGCCCGAGCUCAUCGGCACCAUCACCGCCAUUACCCUCUCCAUCCGCUACAUCGGCGGCGCUAUCGGUUUCUCCGCCUACUACAAUGUCUUCUACUCGAAGCUCUUCAACUACGCCACCGUGGACGUUGGCCCCCAGGUCGUCAUCAACCGCAUCUCGUACGACUACCCUACCCUCGAGACUAUGAUCACCAUGGCCGCCUACGCCCGAUGGCGCGAGUUGCGCGAGUUCAUCAUGACCGCGCCCAACGUCAACAUUCGCGAUUACGACUUCGUCCACGGCGUCAUCGUACCCCCGCUCCAGGAGUCCUUUGCUCUCGCUUACCGUUACCCGUACUGGAUGUCCAUAGCGUUUGGCGGCAUCUGCCUCAUUUCUUCGCUCUUCCUGCGCGACGUCAGCAAGUACUACAAGUUUUAGACACUUGAUUUCUGUGAGUCGGAAUGGGGUUUGAUACCAAGAUGGGAGGAGUGGGAGGAAGGCAGUGGUGGAAGUAGAACAUUGGAAGACACGACGUGACGAGUCACGAGAGAGUAAAAC